AUGACUGAUGAUCAAGCAGAUUUCAAUACGCCCUCCACUAGCCGUGGUGUUCAUCCACGAAAUGCGACUGUGCUGUGCGUCGCUGAAGUACGCGGAAUGUGGAGCCUUCUAAAGGUAUCAAAGGCUUUUGAUACGCGCGAAAAAUGUACCGCUUUCGCAGAGGCACAGGGUCUAAUUUUGACCAGAAGAUUAUGCCGUACGCAUAAAAUUCCAAUGACGGUUUCACCAUUGGGUAAUAAAACGGUCGGCAGCUUUCGAUGCCGCAAAGGGAGCUGCCGUUCAAGAUCGGGCGUUUCUAGGGCCACUGGUACGUGGUUUGAAAAUGCUAAGCUUCCACUACCAGACAUUUUUUAUCUAAUGUACGCCUACGCUUCGCACUGGAACCAGGCUGAAGUUCGAAAAGAAGGUAUUACCGAGGGAAGCGUUUUGUCUAGCGCCACCAUCUGCGAUUGGUACAACUACUGUCGUGAGGCAGUUGUUUUGUAUCAAGUCGAUCAGCAGGAGGUGUUAGACAAAAUUGGGGGCCCCGGUAAAAUUGUUCAGAUCGACGAGAGCAAGUUCGGGAAGCGAAAAUACCACAAAGGCAGAAGAGUGGAAGGCCAUUGGGUCUUAGGGAUGGUUGAGGACGGCAGCGACGAUCUGAGGUUGGAAGUCUGCCCAGAAAAUGUCCGGUCUGCUGAGGUGCUCAUACCCCUCAUUCAAAAACAUGUGGCCGAGGGUACAAUUAUUUGUACCGAUUUUUGGAAGGCGUACGAUUGCCUAGCGGACCACGGGUAUGAGCACAGAAAAGUAAACCACAGCGAUCCGGAUAACCCCUUUGUGGCAGACGACGGCACGCAUACGCAAAGGAUCGAAUCACAAUGGCGUGUGAUUAAAAGAAUAUCUUUGGCGCAAAACAAUUGCUCGUAA